AAACAUGAAAAACAGAAGAAGAAGCAACGUCAAAGAUAUACGCACCGUAACUUCGACAAAUGAGAUUUAUUAUGUGGAGCCCACGUCACUAUGCACGCACAGUAACUUUUUCUUUUUACUCUCUAUAUAAACGAACGAAUUCGUUCGAUUGUAAACACACCUCUCUUCCUCUCUUCUAUAAGAAACUCUCUCUCGUUUAUUUAUCAUACAUCAGUGUUAUCUUUCUCCUGCGGGUAUAAAAUUUCUUUCUAUAAAAUUUCCGAUACACAUAAAAUUUAUAAGUCUUUUUAUAACACGUUAUCAGCACGAUCACUCUGCAAUUCGGUAAAGUUUAUAUGUAUCAUAUUUACCCUGCUAUAAUGGUCGGUAUACCGCCUAUAUUAUUAUUCAUUAUUUUAUAGUGGUUGUUUUAAUUCAUUAUUAUUUAUCUGUAUUAAUGCGGGCGGUAUGUCGCCUCGUUAAUAAACCUUGAUUGUUAAUUACACCAUAAUUAUUUGGAUUGGCUGUGCCGCCGCAAAAUUUAUUUAAUACUAUAAUGGAAAUUUAUUUAUCACCAUAAUGCGAUUGAAAUUUCUCUGUUUAUUAUAUCGUGAUUAUUAUAUAAAUGUUUGCUCACCUAUAUAAAAAUAUUGUGAAAUUUACUGAAAUUGAUUGACUGAUUAUUACGAUAUUUUCAGACUAAUUUUCGAUUCAACGAUUUAACGCCAACGGUCACAAAGAAAAAAUUUCAAAAUUUUACCCUUUUCAAACGGCUAUGAACAGUAAUUUUACAUCUAUAAAUACACUCAUAACUCAUUCAUUUUCUUCAUCAAAAAUUAUUCAUCUUCUCCCAAAUAUUUUCAAAUAAUUUUCUCUCAAUUUUCUCUCUCAAGAAAGAUGAUCCGCGCGUUUUUGAUUUUAGUUGCAAUUCUAAUUUGUGUUUCUAUUUACGGUCUAUUCGUUGGAGAAUUUGCUCCGGGAGAAUUUACGAUGAAUAUCGGUUUACUUUUCUAUACAUUGUUUCUCUUUGUAAUUGCUUGCAUGAUUAAUAUAAAUGGUUCAUUCUAAAUAUUAUGAAAUUCUAAUAAAAUUUAUUAUACUUGUUUUUAGAAAUGCAAAUGGCAAGAAUCGAGCAUCUUCAGUUUCCGGCUCUCAAAAUAACUGGCGAAAACUAUGUCGGAUGGGUCACAAACGUGAAACCCUAUCUGAUUAUGAAAAAGUUAACCGAGACGAUUGUAAUCGGUAACAAAUCGCCGCCUGAGCAUAAGGCUGAAGCGAUAAUUUUCCUGAAAAAACACCUCGAUGAAAAUGUUACGCAUGACUAUGCGAGCAUAGAAGACCCAGCUGAACUGUGGCAAGCUUUAAAAGAAAGGUUCGAUAACCAAAAGGAAGUCAACCUCCCUCACGCUCUAGAAGAGUGGAAAAAUCUGAGGUUUCAGGAUUUUCAAAAGGUUGAGGAAUACAAUUCCGCUGUCCUGAGGAUAGUUUCACUCCUGAAGUAUUGCGGUAACCCUGUCUCCGAAGCAGAAAUGAUGAAUAAGACUUACAACACUUUCCACAAACAGCUUCACUUCCUACCCGAAAUUUACAGAAAAUGCGGGUACACGAGAUUUUCUGAAUUGAUGGUUGCACUCAUGUUGGCUGAAAAGAACAAUGAGCUUCUGAUCAAAAAUCACAAUUCCCGACCUACGGGAGCCAAAGCAUUCCCUGAAGUGAAUGCUACGUCAAUAGAAAACUCAGAGAGAAGAACCCAAACCAGUCGGGGUCGUGGUCGUGGUCGUGGUCGCCAUUUCAACAGCAAACGUGGAAAAACUUACAAUCCGAAAUGGAAGGGAUCUAACAAAUGGGUUAGAUCCGAACAAAGUUCUAAGGGCAAAGAAACUCAAGAAGAUACCACGCAGAAGCGUGAGAGUGUAUGUUACAGAUGUGGAUGUAAGGGACAUUGGUCUCGUACCUGUCGUACUCCUCCACAUCUCUGUAAGUUAUAUCAAGAGUCCACGAAAGGCAAAGCUAAGGAAGUGAAUCUCACCGAAAAUUUUGAGGGGACAUCGUACCUCGAUGCCUCUGAUUUCGCAAAUGAGCUAGACUAGAUUCCUCCUGAAGAGAACUGAAGUGCUUAUAAUAAGAUUACUAAAUAACCUUCAGUAUUGUCAUGUAUAAUUAUUACAUUUCCUGUCUUAAACGAAUAGUGAUGUUUUUAAUAUUACUUUAAUGUAUAAUUAUUGUAUGUUUUCUAAUAUGAUUAUUAUAUGAAUGAAUUUCAUGUUUCUCUUUUA